CUUCGAAUCAGUUACAUCGGAACUUUCAAACCCAUUUAAUAAACGCGCGCUAUCAAACGGUUCGCCGAAAAAGUGUUUCAAAAAUUGUUCGAAUCUAAAAACAGCAGUUAAAUGGUUUAAGUGAAUUCACACAGGAUGAUGAUUGUCAAAGUAAUAGGAGAGCAAGUGUAGCACAAGCCCACCCGCCAGCAGCAUAAGCCAAAAGUGAGGGCAAGACCAGGACCUACGCCAGGAGCAUACCAAAUGUCAGUCGGCAAGUGCGCAAGUUUUCCUAGACGGCACUGCCACGGCAGCAGCCCAGCUUGAGCCUUUGCAGCCGACACAGACACAGACAGUGAAAACUUGCCACCAGCAGCCUCGAGCGAAGGAGCACCCACCACAAGAGCAACAACAACAGCGGCCACACAGAGAUGGAGGAGACUGCAGCAGGAGCUGCGACGAAGAAGAGUGGCACCACACUGUCCGUGGAUCGGGCCGCGUUCCUCCUCCUGCGCGUCCGGAAGGCGUUCAAGAAGAAGCGACAGCAGCGAAAAGAGCGACAAGCCCAGCAGAGCAGCGCCGCUGCGGGUGGCAGUGCGAGUGGCGUUGGCAGCGGAGGCGGCGGCGGCGGCUCUGGGUCCCAAUCACGGACGGGCAGCCGCAAGCUGCCGCCGCCAUUGUUACGGUCGCGCACCCUGCCCGCCAUCAUUGUGCCAGGACUUCCGGUCGUCUCGCUGCACACGGAUAAGCAGACAUUUCAAUUGGAGGAGCGACUGUUGGGCAGCAAGAGCCGAAGUGGCAGCGCCAGUGGCCAUCGCUGGUCACUGCUCACCCGUGCCGGACACAGCGGCGGUGGUGGUGGUGGCACCGGCUGCGGCACCGGCAGCGGCAAUCCUGGCAACACCACCAGUGCCACAAGCGGCAGCAACAACAACAACAACACGCAUCUGGCCAACAACAACAACACACUGAUGGUCAAGUCAUUGAAUUUGCCAAAGGAUGAUACCAAUCUGGUGUAUCGUCGCAAGUCCUCGGGCAGCACACCGCAUCACCACCAGACCACGCACUCCACACUGCAGCAACAGCAACAGCAGCAACAGCAACAGCAGCAGCAGCAACAGCAUCAGGUGCAACAUUUGGGGGACAGUUCGUUGUUCCAGCUGUCGGAUGAUUUUGAGUGUCAUGCGGAUGGCUCCCUGCUGCUCAGGAUCCCGGCCCCACAUGUGGUGGCAGCGCGUGCCUAUCGUCUGGCAGCCAGAAAGCGUGCCGCAGCCACCUCGGAGGCCUCCACACCGCUGGCCAGAGAGCACACCCUCCACGAACUACCGCUGGCCGAGGCAUCGGCAGCAUCUGGCUCUGGCUCUGGCUCGGGCACGACCUUCACUCGCCUGGCUAAACUGCUGCAUCAAUCAAGUGGCUUCUCCGGCAGAUCCAAUCUGCAGCCGCCGCCCGGUGACACCACGUCUGUGAGUCUGGGACUCGGUCUGGGUCUGGGCGAGGAUGCGCCCCGUCGUCUGUCCUGGGAGAGGCGCAAGGACAGCAGUGCACUCCAGCGUUCGGCCAGCAUCGACUCCUUUGCCGAGAUUGUGUUUAGUGACCUGCCGCGCCCCUCGCUGGCCGUCACGGCGCCAGGUGGUGGUGGUGGUGGUUCCCCCUCGCCGUUCAGCAAGCGGCCCUCCGCCAGCAGUCUCUACUCGACAUCCUCCUCCGGCACCACAUUCGGCGCCCAGGCGCAGGCCCAGCUGAAUGUCAAUUACGGCGACCUGGGCUUCGGCUCUGGAGCUGGCUCCGCGACGGGGUCGAGUGGCGGCCACCUCCACCACCAGCACCAUCCAGGAAACGGGAGCAGCAGUGCCAGCAGCAGCCGGCGGGAGAGCAUGCUGAGUCCAUCCUCCACCAGACGCUCCAAGCUGACCAGAAUUAUAAACGACAACAUUCAAUCGCAGUCGCAGUCGCAGUCGUAUCGGGAGAGCGACACUGAAUCUGUGGACAACCAGGUCAAGCUGCGACCCAAGGAUCGGGAUAACUAUCCCACAUAUUAUCCAGCGCCGUUGCUGUCCACUCGCUGGUCCGAUCAGCUGACGCAGCAUGCGGCGGUAGCCAAGAUACGCACCGCCAUCUCCUGCCACACACAGGAUCUCAGAGAGAUGGAGUACCUACUGCCGCACUCGACACAGUCGCAGUCGCAGCUCUGCAUCUCCCGCCACUCGCAGCCGAAGAACGCCAAGCUGCGGGAUGACCAUGAUGACGAGGAGACGGCCGAUUCCGCCGACCUGGAGACGGCGCCACUUUCCGCCGGGGACGAGAACACGGCGGCCAAUGUGCAACAGCUAUCCGUGCACCGCCAGCCCGUGCAGCUGAGAACGAAAGUAACAGGCAACAUACCCCAUCCGCGUGCCAGCAAAAUGUCCAAGAAGCAGCAGAAACUGGCACAGGCACAGUUCGAAAAGCUGACCCAGAGCAACCUUCAUCUGCAUGCUCUGUUUUCGGCCGUGGAGCAUGGGCAUCUGGACAAGGCACGCACCAUCCUGGAGUCCACAGAUGUGGAUGUGAAUAGCAUUAACAAUGAUGGUCUCUCCGCCUUGGAUCUGGCCGUUCUCAGCAACAAUCGUUCCAUGACCAAAAUGCUGCUCCAGCACGGCGCCAUGGAGGGCUCUCAGUUUUCCGCGGAGAACAUUGGCAGCAAGCUCAAUGGCCUGCUGCAGGACGCCGAGUCGCGCAUCCACGAUCUGAGCGGACCGGAGGGCCUCUGUCCACCCAUUUUCGCCUCGCGACCCUCCAUCUCGAGCAUCAUAAUUGGAAACUCGAGUGCCUCCGUGACAGGCUGUACGGGCAGCGAGGUGGAGAAGCAGAUCGGCAUCUGGGAGCGUCGCGUCAAGGGCCUGCGACGGCUGCUGCUUGGCUGGGACCAGGCAAGGCCGCCAGAUGCGCCCGCCUCGGUGGUCGUAGAUGUCACCGGCGACAAUUCCAUCAGCGUACAAAUCUUGGAGCCCUUUGAGGGUGCCAUCGGCACGAAAUUUAAAGUUCAAUGGUCGACCCGCGCGGACUUCAAUAACGUGGUAGGCGAAAGCGAGCUGCUGGAAUGGGUGAGCUUCCAUGGCACAAUGGGCGCCCAGUGUCACAUAUCCGGCCUCACCCAGGGACGUCGAUACUUCCUGCGCGCCUCCUGCGGCAAUGUCAAGGGUUGGGGUGCCUAUCGCACCUCAGUUCCAGCUAGCGUGGUGCCAUCGACCUGGCGUGACUUGGACAAUCGUGAGGACCGAUUUGUGGGCCGUCACCGCAUUCUGGACAACCUCUUUACGGCCGUGCGUUUGGCCCGACCCGCCGAUGUCUCGGAACUCACACUAGAUCCUGCGGGCGGCCAGCGACGCAACCCCAAGAAAAAGACCACCAUCAAGCAGCUCUUUUCGGUGGCCUCCAAGUUCCAAAAGACCCUCAGAAGGGGCAUCUACUUCUCGUGCAUCGUCCACUGCGAUGACAAGGUGCUGGUGACCAGCGAGGACUUUCCGCCCGUCAUCGAGAUCGACGAAUCGUAUCCGAGUGCCCUGCACAUGGACUACUACUGGCUGAUGAAGGUGGCCUGCACCUGGGACGAUGUCAAGUCGCUGCGCUCCGACAUGGAGCGCAAUCUCACGUCUGCCGUUCACUUCCGGACAAAGCUUUUGUCUGCCGUCUGCCAGAUGCAGUCGGCGCUGGGCUUCACGGACCUCGGCCAGCUGUACUACAAGCCGCUGCGGGACUCGCAGGGCACUGUUGUCCUCACCUGCGUCCAGUCGGUGAAGAGCCAGAAGGCCGUCUCCAUACUCAACUCCCGCUGGCUGCCGGUCAGCAAGCUGCAGAAGAAACUCGGGGCCCUGCACGAGGACUACAACAUCAACGAGAUGCUCAUCUCCUCGAUUGGCGAGCAGAUGCACUACCAGCAGGCGGCCCUGCAGCGCCUGGAGCCGGGCCUCUAUCUGGGCUAUCUGAAAAUGCAGUGCUCCAUGGACCAGAUCCAGGUGGUGGUGCCUGUGAAGACCCCCAAUGUCCUGCCCCAUUGCAAGGUGCGCGAGAACAGCCACAUCACGGCCGAGGAGUGGCAGGUGCUACAUCGUAGCGGCGAUCCGCUGCGCCUCCCAUUGGAAUUCAGCUCGCCAGGUGGCGAACGGUCGGGCACCACAGAGGUGCAGCGCCUCUUCCUGUACGAUCUCACCAAUGCGAUGCACAAGCUGUUCGCUGGGAUGAACAUCAAGGCCUCGGAGGCCACCACCCACCGCCUCUAUGACGUGGAGGUGAUCGAGCACAGUCCCGACAUCAGCUUCCUGGUUGUGUGCCCCUCAGCGGAGUCGUCAUGCGCGGUGCCCGGGCAGUCGGAGCUCCUGCUGCAGCGUGACGAUCUGGCCAGCCUGAGCAUCCAGGCCUUUGAGAUGAUCCAUCUGCGCACUUACCAGCCGGCCAUUAUCCAGAAGUACGCCCGGCUCUCCUGCAUCCUGGAGCUGGACACAGCGCUGGCCACGCAUUCGCUGCGCGAGGCCUUCUCCAGCAGCGAACUGCAGGCGGCCAAGGAGCGACUGGCCACGCUGCAGGAGCUCAGCUCCAGCCUGACGCUAGUGUGGAAGAGCGUGCGCUGGCUGAUGGAUGUGGUGGCCUAUGCGCGCAACAAGAGUGCCCAGCCGUCGUUGGCCAUGCGGGAGAUCCUCGACUUUGCCCAGCUGCGGCAGGACGAGCUGUCCGCGGCGGGGGGCCAGUCCAAGCAGCUCCUGCAGCUCCCGAUACGCGAGAGCAAGUUCAACAAGACAGGCACUGGACGUGGCAGCUGGCCUGGACCCGGCACCAACGAGGAUCAAUCGCAGGGCAAGCCGGAGCACUCGAAGUCGGAGCAGAAUCUGGGCCAGACUGCAAUCACCCCAGUGGAUGCCACCACUUCCAAGCAACAGCAGCAGCAGCAGUCACAAAUGCAACAGCAACAACAGCAGCAGCUGUUGCAAGUAUCCACCAGCGAGUACGCAGGGUCCACAUGCUCAGAGGUGUCGCUGCGGAAGAACAGCGGCGACUCCAUGAGCUCCACCUACACGCCUCAGAGCUUCUACUCUGCCGUGGACUCCAUCUCGGAUAAGAACAGCAGCAGCAGCGUCUUUGCCCUGCCACCGUCACGCUCCGAUGACACUCUGGCGGAUGCAUUGCGCCACUCGCAGGCGGUGGCAGCUCAACGGAAGCGCACCAGCUCCAACAUCGGGCACCACACCUCGACGCCGCUCAUCACGGUGCAUAGUUCCAGCUCGGCUCCGUAUCUAGCCGGAUCGAGUGUGUCGCUCAGGAGUGGCAGCGGUGUCUUUGCCACGGAUCUGGAGCACAAGCCGCUAAAGCCGGCCGUGAAGGCCGCUUCCAGUGCCAAUUUGCGCGAAGGGGGACCCUACCUGAAGAGCACCCUGGCGGAGCUGAGGGCUGUGGGCGGCGAGGAGCCGGUGGCCAGCACCUCGAAGGCAUCCUCCACCAAGAGCCUUUCGCGCCAAAGCAGUGAAGAGGACUCGGCCAGCUGCUCCAGCCUAAACACGGAGCAGGUGUCGGGCAUCAUCCAGGUGUACACCGCCUACAAUACCGGACUGGCCAGUGGCACCAGCCUCAAGCUCAACGUAACCCCAAAGACGACCGCCCGCGAGGUCAUUAAUCUGGUGGUCAAGCAGCUCAACAUGGCCGUGGUGCUGAAAGGCAACAACGGGCCCAUCUACAGCGCCGAUAUGCUGGAGAACUUUUGCCUGGUGGCCGUGAUUGGAGCACGAGAGCGCUGCCUGCGGGACGACUUCAAGCCGCUGCAGCUGCAGAAUCCCUGGAAGAAGGGACGCCUCUAUGUGCGAAAGAAACACGAACUGCUGGCCGCCAUCGAGCACUCCAACCGCAAGUCGCAUUUGAUUUGAGCAAUCGGAGACUAUCAAUGGAACUAGCGAUGGAUAUAGGAAAUACAGAUUAAUGAAUCCGAUCCGACUAUUGUACAUUUGUUUGUGUGUUUGGUUCCACCCGUUCCACAUACCCGCACCGCACCGCACCGCUCCACGACAAUGAUCAACGAUGAUCGUCGACCAAUUCCCAAAUUAGACUGAAUUACUUAUGUAUGCCCCAAAAAAUGGCAAAUGAAUGGUAUUAUUAUAUUUUGAAUAGUUUAAAGUUCUACAUAAGACCCACCCACAUACAUAAAUACACAUACUAACUAGUAAUCCAUUCACAUACGAAUCGAACUACAGAUUGUUGUUAGUUUUUCUAGAUUAAAGCGUAGAAAGAGCGAAGAGAAGAGAAGAAAAGAAAAGGUUACACCAAUAUCCAAUAUCCAAUAUGAUAUGAUAUGAUAUACGAAUAGAUAUGUAUUAUAUGUGUGUGCAUCAAUGUAUUUUAUUGUAUGUAUUUCGGUAGAUUAGUGAACAAAAUGUUUUGAUUGUAUUUUUGUGAAAUUUUUAAGGGGCACUCACGCACACUCACACACUCGUAAUCUAAGCGAAACCCACUGGAUGUCAAUAUGCAUUUUAAGUGUCACUCUUGAUGUCUCCCGAUGUGUUUGAUUGUGUGUGUGUGUCCUUGACAAUUGCAAUUCCAUUGGCUUAAUGUUUAAAAGAAAUGUAUUAGUAUGUAAUCGGAAUCAAACCAACAACAACAAGAAAACGAAAAAUGCAAAUAUUUUUUAAAAAUAUAUUGGCACAACUAAAUGUUGAAAAAAACCAAACAAACAAAUAGGAAACUUUUAAUUCAAAUUCUAAAGAUUGUGUUUAUUAAAUGUAUAGCUACACGAAGUCCAGACCUACGUAGAUCCUCCUAACUAUCCUAAACUAGUAGUAAUCCUCCACUUUCCCCACUUGCAACUCGUGUUCUAUUCAAUUUUCUAUCUAUCUCAAUGUGCAGAACAGUAUGUGUCUAUAACUUUAAAGUAUACUACUAUAUGGGUACUCUUACAAUGCAAAAAAUACCUUAAUUAACAUAGUGGAAAUUCUUCAGAUAUAUGCAUGUGUACUAUAUGUAUUGUUGUGAACCAUAGACAAAGGAGUCCGUUUCAUUGUCAAGCUCAUGCCCCAAGUCCCAGUAGAAAUGUACUUUUUGUUCGCGACAGCGAUUCGAAUUUAGAUUGAAAGUAGAUGAUGGUGGAUAUACAUUUCGAAUCUUAUGAGAAACUACACAGGAUCACACUUACUUUAAAUGAAUGUGCAACACACGAGUCCACAACAGAUAUCGUACUAUUUAAGAUGUCUACGACCAACAUACGAUUUUUGUACAUUUUAUUCUCAUGAUUUUUGACGAGAAAAGAACGAGCAGAUUUUGAUACAUUUUUACUAUGGUUUACAAGUGUCCUAGGGCUAGUCGAAGCGCAGCAACGAAUGAACCAUAAGGCGGCCAUGCCCUCCUAACCCCCAUUUGCGUUCAUGCAACAGCAACAGCAACAACAACAGCAACAGCCCGGUUUCAAAUUUGUAUUACCGACAGACAAUUGCCUCAAUUCAAAUAGUCUCCUUCCCAUUCCCAUUCCCCUUCCCGGGAAAUGGUCGAGCAAACAACGAAACGUAUGCAAAGGCGAACAAAUUCCAUAUUGUAUGACCAGUUUUCUGUUUAUUAACUCGGAAUCGGAAUGCCAAUUAAACAAUUUCAAUUGUACGAUACACAGCGUCCGUCCCCAGAAGAGCGUUUGAUUUUACGAAUGGAUGCGAAACGUAUACAGAGUAUUAUUAUUAUUUUGAAUUGCGAUCAAGUGAGAUAGAUUAGUUUUUACGAUGCAAUCUAAUUGUAGCUAAUGUGUGGAAUAUGUAUAACCCAAAAGCAUCGUAUUGUUUCGAAAAUAAAAAAAUACACCUGUAAUUAGAUAUAUGUAUGUAGAGGAUGAACCUUAUCAAGUGUAACUCGUGAACACAAAUUGCAUGCCAGUACCAACAAACAUCCAUUAUCAAUUCCGUGUGUGUAUUAUUGGUGUGUGUUAACUGCUAUAGUGUAUUGUAUUGUAUUAUUAUCAACAAACAGAAUGAACAGCACUACUUGUCGUAAGAGAUAAUGUUGAAGCAAUGUAAGUGGCGGAAGGAGUCGCGUGGACGAGUACUGUAGAUUGGGAGUGUAGUCAAACUAAGAAUAAUGUGAGUACCGAAGCAUUCAAAGAAUAUUCAAUUAAAUUAAUAAAGACUCAACAAUUGUUAUGGUGUAAUCACAA